GCGGCUGCGGGGACCACUGCGCGGCGGCAGCGAUGGACCUGCCCGGGCCGGCGGGACCUGUCGGAGCGGCCGCUCGCCGCCACCUGUGAACAGCCUCAGCCCCUCGUCGCUCAGCGCAGCGCCCCGCCACUCGCCGGCACGCCUCCCUCACCGCCCGCAGGACCCGGCGGCCCCAUGGGGAGCCGGAGAGCCGUCUGAGCCGGCACCCCCUCGACGCAGCGCGGCGUCCCGGGCCGUCCCGCACCGCACCCUCCCGCGGAGCGCGUCCCCCGGCGGCGUGCGGAGAGGAGGGGCGGGAGCCAGCGGCGCCUCUGCGCGUGUGGGAGCAACAGCGUGAGGAGCGGCAGCCUGCGCCCUGGAGCGAGCUCCCGAAGGAUGGGCGAGGAGGCGGCGGCGGCAGCGCUCGCGCAGAUGGGCCAGCGGAGGAUGAAUUAGGAGCCACAGAAGGCUGCUGCCGGCACCGCGGGGGGAAGAGGAGAGGAAGGGGCUGGACUUGGAAGAGGAGGAGGAGGAGGAGGAGGACUCGUCCUCCUCCCCCGUCAAUGUGCCCAAGAUGGAUGCGCUCAUCAUCCCGGUGACCAUGGAGGUGCCCUGCGAUAGCCGCGGACAGCGCAUGUGGUGGGCUUUCCUCGCCUCAUCCAUGGUCACUUUCUUUGGGGGACUGUUUAUCAUUCUGCUGUGGAGGACCCUCAAGUACCUGUGGACUGUCUGCUGCCACUGCGGGGUCAAAAACAAGGAGGCCCAGAAGAUUAAUGGUGGUGGAGAUACGCAGGCAGAUGGGGCCUGCAAACCAACAGAUGAAAAAGAGGAGAACGUGGCAGCAGAAGUGGGAUGGAUGACCUCCGUGAAAGACUGGGCAGGAGUCAUGAUAUCUGCCCAGACACUAACUGGCAGAGUACUUGUUGUCUUAGUCUUCGCUCUUAGUAUUGGUGCUCUUGUAAUAUACUUCAUAGAUUCAUCAAACCCAAUAGAAUCCUGCCAGAAUUUCUACAAAGAUUUCACAUUACAGAUUGACAUGGCUUUCAAUGUGUUCUUCCUACUCUACUUCGGCUUGCGUUUCAUAGCAGCCAAUGACAAGCUAUGGUUUUGGCUUGAAGUCAACUCAGUAGUAGAUUUCUUCACGGUCCCUCCAGUGUUUGUUUCAGUAUAUUUAAACAGAAGUUGGCUUGGUUUAAGAUUUUUAAGAGCCCUUAGACUGAUACAGUUUUCAGAAAUAUUGCAGUUUCUGAAUAUCCUUAAAACAAGUAAUUCCAUCAAGCUAGUGAAUCUGUGCUCUAUAUUUAUCAGCACAUGGCUGACAGCAGCUGGGUUCAUACAUUUGGUGGAGAACUCAGGGGAUCCUUGGGAAAAUUUCCAAAAUAAUCAACAGUUAACAUAUUGGGAAUGUGUUUAUUUACUGAUGGUUACAAUGUCCACUGUUGGUUAUGGAGAUGUUUAUGCAAAAACAACCCUUGGUCGCCUUUUCAUGGUCUUCUUCAUCCUUGGGGGAUUGGCCAUGUUUGCCAGCUACGUCCCUGAAAUCAUAGAGUUAAUAGGAAACCGCAAGAAAUAUGGUGGUUCCUAUAGUGCGGUUAGUGGAAGAAAGCACAUAGUUGUCUGUGGUCACAUAACACUUGAAAGCGUGUCCAACUUCCUGAAGGACUUCCUGCACAAGGAUAGGGAUGAUGUUAACGUAGAAAUCGUCUUUCUGCAUAAUAUCUCCCCUAACCUUGAGCUGGAAGCUCUUUUUAAACGACACUUCACUCAGGUGGAAUUUUAUCAGGGUUCAGUCCUUAAUCCCCAUGACCUGGCAAGAGUAAAGAUAGAGUCAGCAGAUGCGUGCCUAAUUCUUGCCAAUAAAUACUGCGCUGACCCAGAUGCUGAGGAUGCCUCCAAUAUUAUGAGAGUUAUUUCAAUAAAGAAUUAUCAUCCGAAGAUAAGAAUUAUCACUCAGAUGUUGCAGUAUCACAAUAAGGCUCAUCUGUUAAAUAUUCCAAGCUGGAAUUGGAAGGAAGGGGAUGAUGCGAUCUGUCUUGCUGAGCUCAAGCUGGGUUUCAUAGCUCAGAGUUGCCUGGCACCAGGCCUUUCAACAAUGUUAGCCAACCUCUUUUCCAUGAGAUCAUUCAUAAAGAUUGAGGAGGAUACAUGGCAGAAAUACUAUCUGGAAGGAGUUGCAAAUGAAAUGUAUACAGAAUAUCUGUCUAGUGCCUUUGUGGGUUUGUCCUUCCCUGCAGUUUGUGAACUGGUGUUUGCGAAACUAAAGCUCUUAAUGAUAGCCAUAGAAUACAAGUCGGAAAAAAGAGAAAGCAGAAGCCGAAAGCGUAUAUUGAUCAAUCCUGGAAACCAUGUGAAGAUUCAAGAAGGUACCUUAGGAUUCUUCAUUGCAAGUGAUGCCAAAGAAGUAAAAAGGGCAUUUUUUUACUGCAAGGCCUGCCAUGAUGACAUCACAGAUCCCAAAAGGAUAAAAAAGUGUGGCUGCAAACGGCAAGUAAAGAAUGCAGCUAGAUCAAGUUACCCAAAAAGCUCAUAUCAAUUCAAGAAUACAACUACUAUUGCACUGGUUGGUGCCAAGUCCACUGAAGGAGCCCCGGAACCUGUUCCACUUGUUAAUAACCGUAAAGGGAGCCUCUUCCUGCCCAACAAUCCCUCGCUGCUGCAACUUAAUUUACUGAAUUCUGUUGAACAAGGAAAAUCUACCUACUGUAGAUUGCAAAGGGCACUCAGCUUGCCUGUAAAAUAUCGCUACCACUCCCAAAAGCCCGGGUUGAACCAAGAUCUCCUUGAAGAUGAGCAGCCGUCAACACUAUCACCCAAAAAAAAGCAACGAAAUGGAGGCAUGCGAAAUUCACCCAACUCCUCACCCAAACUGAUGAGGCAUGACCCCUUGUUAAUUCCUGGCAAUGAACAGAUUGACAAUAUGGAUGCCAAUGUGAAAAAAUAUGACUCUACGGGAAUGUUUCAUUGGUGUCCAGCCAAGGAUAUUGAAAAGGUCAUUUUGACUCGAAGUGAAGCAGCGAUGACAGUUUUAAGUGGGCAUGUAGUCGUUUGCAUAUUUGGGGAUGUUAAAUCUGCUUUGAUUGGAUUAAGAAAUUUAGUGAUGCCAUUACGAGCCAGCAACUUUCACUACCAUGAACUCAAGCACAUUGUGUUUGUGGGUUCACUUGAAUACCUGAGAAGGGAAUGGGAGACCCUGCAUAACUUCCCCAAGGUUUCAAUCUUGCCUGGUACACCAUUAAGUCGGGCUGAUUUAAGGGCUGUCAACAUCAACCUCUGCGACAUGUGCGUUAUCCUGUCAGCCAAUCAGAAUAAUAUUGAUGAUGCUUCGCUGCAGGACAAGGAAUGCAUCUUGGCGUCACUCAACAUCAAAUCUAUGCAGUUUGAUGACAGCAUUGGGGUCUUGCAGGCUAAUUCCCAAGGCUUUACACCCCCUGGUAUGGAUAGGUCAUCUCCAGACAACAGUCCUGUCCACGGCCUGUUACGUCAACCCUCCAUUACAACAGGAGCCAACAUCCCUAUUAUAACAGAGCUAGCUAAGCCUGGCAAACUUCUGCCUUUGGUUUCAAUCAGUCAGGAAAAAAACAGUGGAACCCACAUUCUAAUGAUAACUGAACUGGUAAAUGAUUCAAAUGUUCAGUUCUUGGACCAAGAUGAUGAUGAUGAUCCAGAUACAGAACUGUACCUCACGCAGCCCUUUGCAUGUGGAACCGCAUUUGCUGUCAGCGUGCUGGACUCUCUCAUGAGCGCAACAUACUUCAAUGACAAUAUCCUCACACUGAUACGGACAUUGGUAACAGGAGGAGCCACACCAGAGCUGGAAGCACUGAUUGCCGAGGAAAAUGCUUUGAGAGGAGGUUACAGCACGCCCCAGACACUUGCAAACAGGGACAGGUGUCGAGUUGCUCAGUUGGCUUUGUAUGAUGGGCCAUUUGCAGACCUAGGGGAUGGAGGCUGCUAUGGAGAUCUAUUUUGUAAAGCACUGAAAACAUACAAUAUGCUUUGCUUUGGAAUUUAUCGAUUAAGGGACGCUCAUCUAAGUACUCCCAGCCAAUGCACUAAACGUUAUGUUAUCACAAACCCACCAUAUGAGUUUGAGCUUGUGCCGACAGACUUGAUCUUCUGUUUGAUGCAAUUCGACCACAAUGCUGGCCAGUCCCGGGCCAGUCUUUCUCAUUCCUCCCAUUCCUCCUAUUCUUCCAGCAAGAAGAGCUCAUCAGUUCACUCCAUCCCAUCAACAGCAAACCGACCGAACCGCACCAAGACCAGGGAUUCCCGGGAAAAACAGAAUGCAACAAGGAUGAAUAGAAUGGGCCAAGCAGAAAAGAAAUGGUUUACAGAUGAACCGGAUAAUGCCUAUCCCAGAAACAUUCAAAUCAAGCCCAUGAGCACCCACAUGGCCAAUCAGAUCAAUCAAUACAAAUCGACAAGCAGCUUGAUACCACCAAUCAGAGAAGUUGAAGAUGAAUGUUGACUCCUUCGAGGCCAGAACUAUUUUUUUAAAGCCUGACAAACUUCAUGAAUGGUGAUGUGACAUUUAUUCCUCUUACAUGCUGAACCACUGAUGGAGAAGUUACGAAGGGCAAGAGUAAUGGAAAAAUAAAGUAGACAGAUCUUUGUUUGUCUGCCUUUAAUAUUGCUUCCACGUAUUUUGGAAAAUAUUUCAUUUAUAAAUGAACAUAAUCAGAACUAGUCAUGUAUAGCCUCUAGCAUUUUAAAUUAUUUUUAUUUAUUAGAAAAAAAUAUAUUUUUUCUUUUUUUUUUUCAUCGUCAAGUAUUUUCCCUUAAAAAAAACUGCAUAUGUGGCCGGACUCCUAAGAAAUAUCAGAAAAACAACCACACUUCAGUCUUUGGCUUAAAGGAGAAUGAUGGUCACAGUAAUAAGGACAUAUAGUUAAGGGAGAGAAAAGAUACAUUUAAAAAUAAAUAAAGGUCCAACUUGUAUUUUAGUAAAUCAAAAAAAAAAAAAAAAAAAGUUCACCAACAUGUUUCUUUACUGGAGGAUGUGUAUUUUGUUCAGCAUUGACACCAGCUCUUAAUAAACUAAACUUAUUUAUUUUCAAUGUUGAAAGUCAUAUUUUUGUAUGUGUAACAUUCUGUUGAGAUGUCCUUAGUUUUAUUACCAUACACAGCUCACCACCAUGGUCAGGUCCAGCCACCCCACACUGAGCAAUCCCUGCAGAAGGACUGCAUCCUCUGUGACACUAAGCAUAGCAAACACCAUCCUGAGUCAGGGACAUGGCAAGGUGCUCCCAAGCAGCACUUAUUAUAAAUGGCAAACCUGGCAAUUCUGUGCUGCCUGACAGCCAUCAGCUGUUGGUAAUUCCAGGCAGUUCCUCUUCUUUUAACACCUAUUACAGUGCUUUAAGGAAGGGUGCAUAAACAGUGCAUGAACUCAUAAGUCAUAUGCCUUCUCAUCUAUCAUAUUUUGUUGUUUUCUUACUUCAAAAGUGCUGAUGGUCCCAUAUCUGUCUUGCUUAUCUGACUCAAAUGCCUCCUGAUCAGCCAUGAGCUUUAUCUCCAGACCUUUGUUGAUAGUACACCUCAGUGGGAGGCACACUGAGGUUCCUUUGAUGAGUUCAGGUCAGAAUAGAAGCAUCUGGCUUAGCUUCAGUUUCACAACCUCUCAACGUAAUGUUAUCAGUUGACUUUUGUACCAAGCAACAUCAUAUUUUAACGUUUUUCCCCUCCUUAAUUUCUUUCUUUCAUUUUACUUUGCUGGGAUACUAGAUACAAAAGUACAGAAAUAACCAAAUCAAAAUAAAAGUAACGAAUGUAUCUAUAAUGUUAACUUACAAAAGGCCUUUGACAGGUGCCUUUUGUGUCAGCAGUUUCACAAAGUUGCCAACAAGCUUUAUAGCCAUCAGACAAAGAUGUGAUGUUUCAUAUCUGUGCUGCAGUAUCUAUUCACCCAAGUAUUUGAUGUUCUAAAUGAUUGAGUAAUGCUCUCUAUAUCUCAGAUUAGCAACAUCUGACACAACUGUGUGAAUAGUAAAAAUUGAAACAUUUUUAAAAAGGCUGUUCUACUGAGGAUUAAAACAAAAACCUAGGACCCAAACAUCAGGAAAAGCAGAUUUCCAUUGUGCAAGUCAACUUCAGGCUUUGUAAUUUUGCAGAACUGUGAAAUACCACAUUAAAACAUGCUGUGGUAUUUUUAUCAUUAGAGAAGUAUCAGCGAAUCAAACAAAUAAAAAACAGAUGAUACUAAUUUACUGUGAAAACAAUUAUGUCCACUAUAUAAUCCAACAUUUAAGCUAAACUAUCUCAGCUUCAAUGUUUGUCCACAGGCUGCGAUACAAAUAUAGCCACACUACCACCUAACAGGCUUUAUUCCGGAGUGACUUCUUGGACUGUGAUUACUUUGUUGUUACAUUUUGUAGAGUAGUUAUCUAAACAAAAAUAACAGGAAUUGUUAUACAGUAUAUGUAAAAUUGGAUUGCUUAGGAUAUUUCACCCUCCUGCAAAGAAACAAAACAAUUUAAGCAGUUUUUCAUUACAAUUAUUUAGGCCGUGGUUAUCAUAUUUCACAUUCCCAAAACAAAAUACAAUUCUGCUGAGUUCUUCCACUCUCUUCCACUUGAGCUAUUAACUUGCUAUAAUCUGCAUCCAGAUUCUGUGUUGGGUCACGUUAAGCCUUUACUUUGAAGUCAGUGCUCCUUUUUCAUUUAUGAACUGCAUUUAUAUUAAACACAGUGAAAAAAGCUGGUCCUCCAUACAGGUGAAUUUCUGAAAUUUGUGUUUGGCUUCCACAUCUGUAUACAAAUUAUCUUUUUUAGAAGACGGCUGUUUAAUUGUAUGUGUACUUUAUCAUAGAUGGUGCCAUUUCUGAAUAUCUGUCCUUCAGAAGUGAGUACUCAAAUUAUAAAAUGCACUAAUGAAUCAAACACAAUAGUCCUACAUCACUAAGGUUUGUGUGUCUGUCCAGUUUAACUAUCAUACAUCAAAAUGCCAUGCUGCCAUCUCUACACAACUAAAGGAUAAGCUCUGAUCACUCUAUGUAGGAAGAUAGAACAAUAAACAAAGAGCAAGAAACAGAAACACAGGUAUAAGUAUGCUUUUUGCACUUCCCAUUUGUAGAAAACCUAAGAGUAAUCACUGAUCUUUACUUUCUCCUCUUCUCGGUGAUCAGAGACUCAGGACUAGUUUCUGGGAAUUAGAUGGGGGAGUAAGUAGGAAGCUCAGUGGAAAUCUUUGCUUAGAGCCAUUAAACACCUCAAUAAGGUCAGCACCAAUGCUUGGAAAUAUUAUAUUACAUCUUGGCAAGUGGCUGGGAAGGUGGCCUAAAUGAUAUGUGACAGGAAACACGAUGAUUGAUAGAUAAAUAAAUUUUUGAGCCUCUUAAAUAUUUCUUACCUUCUGUCAAAUGAGAAGAAAAAAAAAUUGGAUUUUAACUUUCUCAUUAGUUGCAUGCAUGAUCAAUCCAGGCUAAACAAUUUUUCGUAAAUCAGGUAUUGGAUUGCGUGUGCACAUGUGAGCGUGUGUUUGCAUAUGUAUUGACAUAUAUGUGUUGACAUAUAUAUCCAGGUAUGGAUACAUGUACACAUAUUUGGUGUUUGUCUUAGCCUUUGAUACCGGUCAGAAUCAUCACAAGAAGCAUGGCAUUAUGUUUUAUGAGGGUGAGGUGAAGACAUACACAAAGUGAAUGUAUGUUAUUUAUGGGCUAGCACGUGGAGAGACUGAACCUACCAGUCUUGUCUGGUUUGAGCAAAGAGAAGCUGUAUGUUGGUUGGCUAUAUACUGCCAUUGCAGUGACAGCACACUGCUGGCCACUCCUCACAAAUGCACGUGCUUACCUGCUUGCAUAUGACCUGCAAGCCUACAGGGCUCUGUCUUGUGUUUGGUGUUUUAAUUCAGCCCCCAAAGCUUUGGGCGAAGCACCAUGCACAUUCUCCAACAUCUAAGCACAGCAAAUGUGAAUGUGGAAAAAAUGUUCAGAGCCUAAAUGUGAUGUUAAAGGCCUCGAUGUGACUGUUUUACUGUUGCUUGUAAAGUGAUGGGUAAACAAUAUAUUUACUGGGGAAAAAAAAAAAAAAAAAAAAAAAAAAGCCUAUAGGAAAAUAUAGAGAAUUCAAUUAUAGAAGAAAUGAUGCAAACAUUUCCUUGAAUGUUAAAAAGACUUUCCAGAAAUGUCACCCCUGUGUUGACAGCUCUUGCUUUUUCCACUCAACUGCUCUGGUCAAACAGCAGAAUGUGAAUGUGGCUCAAAGUACAGGCUUCUUUGUCCAGGGUAUGGUCAUAUACUACAUAGACAAGGUCAUUAUUCUGCCUAUGGUACAAAGAGACUCUGCAAGCCCUGCUAGCCUGAAAGACAUGAGCAUGGUGAUAAGGAGUGAGAGUGUGUCAAUGAAACCCAGGGCAUCCCUAGCUCAUAGCUAUUUCCUAUUUCUGUUUGAUGGGAAAAAAAGCAUUGUUUAUUCAAGCUGAAGGCCAUAAAAUUAACAGUGAUGAAGCCCCUGCUCAGCCUUAUUGAGCCCCACAGAUUGCUCAAAACAGGUGCCGAGUAUUCACUAGCUUACAGGCUGCUGUAGUAGCUGUGGCUGUGCAAGGUUUAGCCACACUAAAAAUCUUUUUUUCCCCUAUUUUUUGCUUUUUUAUUAAAAAAUAAAUAAAAAAUAAAAAGCAACACAGUCACUCAAACAUGCAUGGGAAAAGGUGCAACUGUCAUUGGCCAUACACAGAAAAGAGAAAAUGUGGUUUGUAUGUAAUACUCAAUGAGACACUGCAACAAGAGCAUCCUACAGACUGAUGGAUGGUAAGGAGAGGUAGUUGUUCUAGGUGAGGUGAGUUUUUUUUGCCAGAGUAAGGAGUAUUCUCAUUUCUUGAAGUCCUUAUAGAGAAGGAGAAGGAAGGGAAAGUGUAAGAACGUGUUCUCAUUCACAGGGACUGUUUUUGUUGGGUUUUGUAUCUGUGUGCAUCUGUGAACAGUGUCUAGCCAAUACUGCAAUAACUGGAUGCAUAAACUAAUGCAUGAUAAAAGCAAUAACGUAAAAAAUAGGUAAUUGUGCAUGUCUGUCUGUUUUCACUAUCUGUUCACUCACCAUUUAAUUCAUAAACUUGUAAACAACUUCCCUCUUACAGCCUAUUCACAUGGACUCAGAAAACAGCAAACACAUGCUCUCUCCAUGAAGCAUGUUCAUAAUGGCUCUUGAAUAUCAAUGUAUUUGAAAUGAGCAAAUAACAAAGUUGAGGUGUGGUGGAUUUCAUUGUUAAGGCUCUUAUCAUUAUGAAUUUCUUCAGGAUCAAUAAUGUGUGUGUGUUCCAACUUUCAUUUCAAGUUUAAAAUGUACUUAAACAAAGCAACUAAGUGUGUGAAAGGGGAAAAGCUGGACAAAGUGAAAAAAGGAAAUCCUUCCCCUGAGUUAUAAUGGCCUGGAAACAUCUGUCCGUGACAACGGCAGACACAUGAAAAAAAAAGAAAAAAUACAACCCACGUCAGGUGAAAGGAGAGUUCUUGAUAUUCCUUCUUUUGUUCUCCUCUCUCUGCCAUGUGAGCCAUCAUUCUCCCCAACAUUUGAAUGUAUUUUUAUUUUUAUAAAUUCCAAAGGUGUUUUAUCAAUCCCAGGUUCAGCAAGAAUUUUAAACAAAGUUAUAAAUGUAUGCUUCAUUUCUAGGUCUUUUAAUAUCCAGUUAGAAGGCAUAAAAUCAGUAGAAUUUUUCUACUGAGCAAUAUUAGUAGGUGUGGGUACAGCCCGUUUGAAAUGAAGAAAGGAAUGGAGAUGUUCAGCUGUGGCCACUGCCUAGGAACCUACAUGGGCCUAUAGUGUGGACAAUUCUACCCCAGCAUUUAUCAAAGCUAUAUUUAUAUAACUAAUGCAGCUAUCCUGCACAGAUAGAUCUUAUCUACUAUAGAACAUAUGGCCACAUUGAAACUAUAUAGUCUAUGAUGUUCAGUAGCCUAUAUAACCAAGUAAGUUCCACUGAAAUCAAUAGAUAGGACUGCUGGUCUUAUGUCUCUGCUUUAUCUAAUGGUGUACUACUGUUAACUGUCAAAUGAGAAGGGAUGGGGUUGGGGGGAGAAAGGAAAUACAUAUUUUUAUCACUUUGGGUCUAAUUAACAGUAACGCCUAACUUAAGAAUCUAAAAAGAGUAACGCUGUAUCUAAUUAGAGCCUCACUGAGGUUAAAAGAAAGCUUCUUACUGCUUCAAUCAAUGCAUUUUAGAGGAGAGCUUUAUAACUUAAAAAACAAAACAAAACACUAAACAACACAAUAUAUAGGCAGUUGAGUGCAUAUAAUAGAAAAAUAGAUUUUUGAGAAAUUAAAAAUUGGGCAUAUGAGCAUUUUGUUAACUGGACAAUAACUGUAAGGAAUAACACAAAAAUGUCAGCAGAAGUUGUCUCAAGCAGCAGUUCAAAAAUGUUGCUUCUGCUAUGGUUUUGCUUGGAACACACAUGCUUAACCAAUGCAAAUAAUCUAAACUCAGUCAAAAGAAGUUGACAUAACCUUGACUUUUGCAUUUUCACAGAGUUCAAGGCUGAUAUUUUUUUUCUUCUUUCAGAAAAUAAAUACACAAACUUAUGCAUAUGAUAUAUUUUAAUGCUGCAUCUAUUUUAGUUAUAGUUUGGGGGUGGGCAUGGGCAGAGUACUCUGUUAACCAGCUAUCAAUUUACAAGAAAGUUCAUCAAGAAAAAGGAGUAUGACUUCAUCAUUUUACUUUUUGUCAUUAUGGAUUGAUGAGAGAGAUCAAAUGCUGGUGCUCAGAAAUGAUCUACCUGACUUUGUCAUAUGUAAUAAAUAUCCAGUGAUAAAUAUAUUGUCCUGUAAAAAAGGUUUGUACAUAACUUGUACAUGGUUUCAUUUUGUAUUUUUCUCAGAUUAAAAUUUAUGUAUUUGUGUUCUAAAA